GUUCCGACGUGUUUAGGUUUGACUGGAUAAACCCCGUGCAGGGCCGCAGACAAAUUAUUUACACAGAAGCGGCCGCGACGGAAGUUCGUGGAAAACGUAAACAACAGCAAGCAGGAUUUGAUUUGACGGUGGAAGAAUCGGUCGUGUGCGCUGUGGAUUACUAUAAAUAGCACUGUAAAUACGAGAGCGACUGUUGCACGGACUAUAUACUGCCGAAUCUGCAGGCCAGGAUGGCAGGUUCAAACCGACAGGUACUGAAUUGCGGGGAUGUGAGCUCGACAUGCAGAAACAUGGCAAAAGUUUCGAGGUGUAGAUCAAGCGAAAGCAAUGAAGAUGGUAUAAGCACUCAGCAAAAUAAAAGAUGUUCUUUCUGCUGCUGUGGAAAACAGCCCGAGCUACGGAAUAAAGACUCUGAAUCAUCUUAUUACAAAACACAUCGAUGCGACGUUGUUCUAAACUCUUCUAAAAGCACAAGCAGAUGUUACUCUUGUCGUUUUGUAUCUUCAUCUCGGUGGACAAUAUGUGGUUUUCUUAAAAAGACGUUGACGAUAGGUUUACUCUUGCUCGUCCUACGGUGUAUUGUCACGGAAGCGGCCCCGAUAGCUGGGAAAGCAAAAGACGAAAAACGAAGAAAAGUUGCAGAACUAGGUACGGAACGAAAUGUGUCUUCUUUUUUAACGUUGGAUCAAGAAGUUUCAAUGCUGACAAGUCUUCCGUCGGCUGGUUUUUUGGACGCUACGACUCACGCGGGCUUGAGACUUGACGUUCAUGCAUCGACGAAAACUAAACGGGGUGCUGGACGUAAACGAAAGCAUCGGAAGAGGAAGGGCAAGAAGUCUAGAGGCAGAAAGAGAGGGAAGAAUAAGAACAGGAGGAACAAGAAGAGGAGAAACAAAAAGCAAAAAUCGAGAGACUUCACACCUGAUAAAAUAAAUGGUUCCACAGACAUGACAUCACAACAAAACCUUUAUAUUCCUUUUUACCAACGACUGUACGUUGACGUUGGUCGAUCAUAUCACCUUGCGAUCACUGCCAAAGGAAAAGUUGUGGGCGAACGAAGCGACAGAAGAAGCAAUUCGAGUCUUUUGGAAAUGAGAAGCUUCGAAAGAAAGAAGUCCUACGGUGUUGCAAUCGUUGGCGUGGCGACUUCACGAUACAUUUGCGUUACAAAGCGGGGAAAAGUCAAAGCCAUGAAAAAGUUUAACAAGAACCGAUGCCUCUUUAACGAAACAGUCCUCCCGAACAAACAGAACUUGUACGAGUCGUUCUCGUGCAAAGGAUGUUACUUGCACAUUACUAAAAGAGGAAAAAUCCGAAACUUGCGGGGGACAAACAAGAACGAAAACACCGCACACUUUUUACCACACGACAGGAGGAGCCAACACUCGAGGUCUCGGCGUCGAGCCUUAACGGGCGCAAAAGUGACGACGGUUGACGUCACGAACAUGACGUCAAUGCCCAGUAAUGUCGACCCAACAGUGUCUUCGGUUGAUGCUGGAAUUUCGGCUACAACUCCAAAGCACGGCCAGGGUAAAAGAUCAAGGCCGCACAAGAAAAGAACUCGAACCAGCUCGAACCAUGGCGCCGGAAGCUCGCACAAAUCGAGUAAAGCGACGCGACGACCGAGGGUUUAUGACGCGACAAACCGCUAAGGCGCUAAAUGGCAAAGUCCAAGUCAUGGAAGUCUUGGCUUUGAUGAGCUGGUCGUGGUAGAAAUCUCGCCCCACCCUCCGGGCGACGCCAGAGGAAGAAUAAACGACGAAAUAGCUUGAGUUCGGUUCAAUGGCUGCGGUCACACAACCUUGAUUACUCAGAAAAAGGGUAGCAUCCAGAAAUUCCAGCUCCAAUGGCGAAAAAAAAUCCUUUUAAGAAACCGUAUUGUAACGGUAUUCCUACUUAAACAGCCUUAAAAGUUUUACUGCAUCAGAUUUCUUGUACAUGUCACAAAAUACUGGCGUAUCAGUUGCCCAAUUUUACUGAGCCGUAUUUUCUAUUUAUUUUUUUAAACUAUCAUUUUCGCCUUUGCCGAGGGAACUAUUGCGCGUUUUCACUGUACGCCUGCUAUUUUUAUCAGUGCCCCUUCCACCAAUUCCGUUCGCAGAAUGUUUUAUUUUCGGCUGGCACAACACCGUUACUCGCGGAAGUCGAUUACUGGUGUACGUGUUACGAACCGCCAUUCUGCGAAUCGCCAUAUUGCAUUCGUGCAAAACCCGCACGCCCCUGUUAUACCAAGUUCCAUGCUUCAAUAAAAUGUUUCGUGUAAUUGCACUCCCUGCUUUUUAGGCCCAUUCCACCCAUUCUAUCUUCAAGUUUAUAAACCUCUCUUUCAAUCUAACAUUCGAUCUCGGUAUAUCCUCCAUUUGUUUCUUGCGCUACAAGGUCCCCAGUGCUUUUUAGUAUGCCUUGUUGUCAGUGCGGUGAAUACAAUAUUUAUUUACUGAAA